AUGAUCGACACCAACAACAGCAAUGACCACCACCAACGACGACCACAACAAGAACCAUGUUCGAACAAACACGCCUGGUUCGCGCGCCAGAUUUCCACCGGACACCUGGUGAACCUGACGACGAGCGACGUGGAGAGGUUUCAGUACGGAGGUUUGUUCGUCAACUACCUCUGGGAGGCUCCCCUGGAGAGCCUGGUCAUCUUGUACUUCGGAUUGGACCUGGUCGGAGUGUCCUUUCUGGCGGGAUUCGCGGCCCUCGCGCUCAUAGUCCCCAUGCAGGACCCCCCCCCGAACGCCCGAAGGUUCCCCGUGCUGCGUGCAACGGGAGGCGGAAAGGUGCGCGCGGAGGAGAUUCGCGUGUUGCUCAAGGCCACCCUGCUUCGCGCGAUCAACGAGGCCAUGUUCUUCGUACAGCCCGCCGUCUUAUCAUGCCUCGUGUUCGCCACAUACCACCUGCUCGGAAACGUCCUCACGCCACGGCAGGUGUUCACCACGCUGGCGCUCCUCAACAUCACCCAGUUCACGAUGGGAAAAUUCCUCUACCUUGCCGUGCAGACCACCAGCGAGAGCUGGGUCUCUAUCAAGCGGAUGGAGACCAUCCUGCUCAUGGAGGAGAAUGAAACUCUAAUUGCGCCGCUGCGAGAGUUCGACCUCGCCAUCAAGCCGGACAAGAGGGUGCCUCCAAACCCCCCUGCCGCCGCCGCCGCCGCCGCCGCCGAGGCGUCGACACCAACAGGGUCUGGGUCUACCCCUUCCCCCCCCUCCGCGAUGGCCUCCCGUGGCGGGGCCCCUACCGCGGCCGAGGCAGAGAUGAGCGCGGCGGGAGCGGGUUCCGCACCAGGAGCAGCGGCAGCAGACGCUGUCGUAGGAAGCGAGGCGGGGGGGGCAUCGUCCACGCCUGGAUGCGCUCGGGGUGUUGAACUGGAAAGCGGUAGCGGUGGCGACGAGAGUGGUGGUACCGGCACGGGGGACGCAAGACCGGGCCUGGUUUCGUUGAAGGGGGCGAGCUUCCGAUGGGUCAGCGGGGGGGAAGAGGAUCAGCACGCCAAGAUCUUCCGCGGCUUGAUGGAGGGCGACGAGAAGAAGCGAAAGGCGGCUAAGGAUGAAGGGAUCAGCGAUGGAGCUGAGACUGCGCAGGUAGAAGAGGACAACGAAGCUGAAGCCAACGCCGGAGGAUUGACGCUUGACGCCAUCGACCUGCGGAUCGAGCCGGGGCAGCUGGUGGGAGUGGUCGGGCCAGUCGGGUCCUCCAAGAGCUCGCUACUCAUGGCCGUGCUCAGGGAGAUCGCGCCAGAGAGCGCGGCUGGAGUGGGAGGGGCUUCGGCAGCCGAGGGAGGUGCUGGCCACGGCCGCGGAGAGCGAAAUAGUGAGCUGGGUGUAUCUGUUUUGGGAAGCCUGGCAUACGCCUCACAAGAACCGUGGAUUCAGUCGGGCACGCUACGGGAGAACAUCUUGUUCGGGAGAGCCAUGGACCAAAAGAGGUACGACGCGGUGAUACGGGACUGUGCCUUGGAAAGGGACCUCUCCCUUCUACCAUCGGGCGACCAGACCGGUAUCGGAGACAGGGGCGUCAAUCUGUCCGGGGGCCAGAAGGCGAGAGUGGGGCUGGCCCGCAUGGCCUACGCGCAUGCGGACACUUACCUCAUGGACGACCCGUUGUCGGCGGUGGACCCGGCCGUCGGGCGAGAGCUCUUCUCCAAGGUGGUGUGCGGCAGGCUCAAGGGGAGCACGAGGGUCCUCGUGACGCACCAGGUGCACUACUUGAGGGACCCCGAGGUGGACCAGAUCAUCGUUAUGCAUCACGGAAAGAUCAUCGGAAAAGGGAGCUACCAAGAGCUCGAAGCCAGCGGGAGCUUCGCCGCGCUCGAGCGUCCAACCUCGCCAACGAAAGCCACCUCGGGAGAGACCGAGGUCGACCACGGUAGUAGUGCCGAUAGCAUCACCGCUGCAGGAGGAGUUUCCCGGCCCUCCCGCGUCCGCAGCACCAGCAGUGCCGGCAGCGCCUACCACACGAGGCCGCCGCAGGCGGCGGCGGCGGCGGCGGCGGCGGCCCAAUCCUCCUCCUCCUCAUAUCGCUCGGCCUCCAGCGCUGCUUUUGACGGCAGGGGCGGGGCGCCAUCUGAGGGGGGCGCCCCGGCGGCUGACGGAUCUUCAACAUCUUUGGAGCUGACCGCUAUGAAAGUGGAGCGCGGCGACAACACCUCGGUUGAACUCCACCGAGAUAAGCAGCAGGAGGGGGUCGAGGAGAAGGACGGUGGGGGUGUCGGACACGACGGCGAAGAUGACUGUUGGGGCGACGCGGACGGGGACAGCAACGAGGGGGGGCUGGUGGCGGCGGAGGCCGAGAAGUGGAUUGGUGGGGUUGUGGUGGACAGGGCGCGCAGCCGGAGUUCCAUGUACCGCUCGGAGGAGGCGGUGUCAUUCCAGCAGCAGCAGCCACAGCAGCCGCGAUCGAGGGUGACGAGUAGCGCGGUAGCAGCAGAAGCGGGCGGUCAUUCAGGAAAAGAGAAGCCGGUGACGGAGGGUGAUAAGGAGGCUCCGCCGGAACUCGUUGUUUCGGAAGACCAGGAGUCUGGGGGGCUGAAGCGCAGCACCUACUUGGAGUACAUCAGGGAGGCUGCCGGCGUCUGGCAGGUCCUGCUGAUCUUCUUCUCCAUGGCGGGAGGACAGGUGCUGGUGAUGGGGGUGACGGUGUGGCUGGCCAGGUGGUCGCGCCAAAGCGAGGAGGAGCAGGACCGGAGCCGGUAUGUCAUCGUUCUCGCGCUUCUCACCGCGGCAGCCGUCGUGGUCUCCCUUUUCAGGGCUGUCCUAACCUUCUUCAGUCUCGUCAAGGCUUCGCACCGGCUGCACAAUCGAAUGCUCAAGCGGGUCGUCCGUGCCCCGGUCUUGUUCUUCGACUCCAACCCGGUCGGCAGGAUCCUGAACCGUUUCACGAAGGACAUGCACUUCAUGGACGACCUCCUGCCGAUGACCCUGUACGACUUCAUCAUCUGCAGCUUCAUGGUGACGGGCGGCACCCUCAUCAUAUUCUUCGUCAACCCUUGGGUGGUUCUCAGUAUGGUCCCGGCGCUGUGGUACUUCCUAUAUCUGAUGAGUUUCUACAUGAAGACGAGCAGGGAAGCAAAGCGGCUGGAGGCGGUGACCCGCAGUCCGGUAUACUCCCAGCUGUCCGAGACGCUCGACGGCCUUGUCACCAUCCGAGCCUUCGGCAACCAGAACCGCUUCCUGAGCCAGUUCACAGAACGGGUCAACAUGAACACGAGGGCCUACUUUGCGUGGAUGUACACCGCGCGGUGGCUGGGGUUUCGGAUGGACAUGGUGGUGAUCAUCGUUCUCGCUGCUAGCUGCUUCUUCUCCGUCGCGGCGAACGAGUACAGUGAUUCUGUCGAUGCGGGGCUGCUGGGAGCAGCGUUGGUGUACGUGCUUCAGCUGGGCGGGCUUUUCCAGUGGUCCGUCAGGCAAUCGGCGGAGGUGGAGAACCAAAUGGUGUCGGCAGAGCGCGUGCUGGGGUACUGCAGAGUGCCGCAGGAGGCUAGUUUGGAGUCGGAGCCGGGGUGCAAACCGGCGGAUGGGUGGCCGGCCAAGGGCGAUAUCGAGGUUCGCGACAUGUCUAUGCGAUACCGUGAGGACCUUCCCCCGGUGCUGAAGGGGCUGACCUUGUCCAUCAAGGGAGGGUCGAGGGUAGGAGUCGUCGGCAGGACGGGCGCGGGCAAGUCGAGCCUCAUCGCUGCACUUUUCAGGCUCGUGGAAUACGACAGGGACAGAGGAAGUAUUGAGAUUGAUGGCGUGGACAUCUCCAAGGUGGGCCUGCACGACCUGAGGCCCAGGAUGUCGGUGGUGCCCCAGACGCCGUUUCUAUUUUCCGGCUCGAUGCGGCUAAACCUCGACCCCUUCGCAAAACAGUCAGACGCACACAUGUGGGCCUCGCUGGAAGCAGUGCAGAUGAAGACCUACGUGCAAUCGCUGGCGGGCGGGCUAGAUGCUCCCGUUGCGGAGGGCGGCGGCAAUCUGUCCGUAGGGCAGCGGCAACUUCUGUGCCUCGCCAGGGCGGUACUCCAGAGGUCUCAAAUUCUUGUGAUGGAUGAGGCCACCGCUAACAUCGACCAACACACCGACUCCCUCAUCCAAGACGUCGUGCGGACGUCGUUCAAGGGCAAGACGGUCAUCAUGGUGGCUCACCGCCUCAACACCGUCAUUGAUUGCGAUCAGGUCGUAGUGUUGUCGGAGGGCAGCGUCGUGGAAGCAGGGCACCCUCAUGUGCUUCUCCGAGACCCCCCAGCGUCCUCUGGUACCGCUGCUGCUGCCGGUGGAACCACAGCCUCGGCUGCUGCCGAUGCAACGCUGUCUUCGAUGGUUGACGAGACCGGCGUUGCCAGUGCCAAGCACCUGCGGCGCUUGGCGCAGGAAGCAUGGAAGGCGUCGGAAGGGAAAGAGGGUGGGGUGUAGCCAUUCAACAAGAGACCUUGGUGAUGACUGUCUUGCCACUUCGAGGAGUGCCAGCUGUGCCGGAAUAUGUUUCUGUUGAACUAGAAACGACGUGUGGGACACGUGGCGCAGGCAUGCGUUGGGUUCCUGGCAACGACGUGGGAACACGUUGAAGCUUCAAAGAGACCGACUCACAACCGCCCAGCGGUGUCGACGGUGCCUCUGUGGUGCGCGUGCGCCAGUGGGUGUUCAUGUGGAGCCUGUAAGAAAGUCAAAGGGGGGACGUAACAAUGGAGGAGGGCCCAGAUCAUGGCCAUUGAACUGAUGCUAUAAGCGUCGCUAUUUGCAGGCCAAUAUGCGGUCAUGAUCCUCGACGCGACCUCCCCAGCUGCGAAUCUCCUUCCUCUGUGCCAGCCCGGGAAUAUGUUGAACUGCUCUUGCCUUAUUUAUGGCUAUCGGGAUUGUGCAAUACGUUUAGUUUUGGGGAACGCGUGUUGAGUAGAUGCACCCUCCCACAGAUAUUCUCGAUGGCCUCUCGGAGAGACAU